UUUCAGAAAAGCUGGUCAGAAAAAAGCUGAACCAAACAGUCACCUUUAUCUCCCCAGCCGAACUCGCUUUCUGCGUUCUUCUUCCUCCCCGUACACGUCUCUCUCUCUCCUCCAGCUCCCAGCCGGCGUCCUCCUCUACCGUGGAUCUCCCCUGCGUGCUGGACUUUCCUCCGCUUCUCCAUCCAUGGCGCUCGGCUGCUCCAAAUCCCUCUCCUAUUCGCUCAUAGAAACCACGCGCCAGCUCUCUGCUCAGCUGCCGCGUCCUUGGCCCCAAGCUCCUGCGCGCGUGUCCCUGGCCCUCUGCUCGAGCUCGCCUGGUCGCGUUCCAGCUCGGUCGCUCCCUUGGCUCGGCUCUGCGCGCGCGGUGCUCUGUCCCUGCGCACGUCCAGCACCCUGGAAUCUCGGAUUUCGCCGCGCGCGAGUCUCUCUAGCAACCGUCGAGCCUCGCUGUCCAUCACGAAGUUUUCUGCUCGCCACGACGUGUCGAGCUUUCGCGUCAAGUUUCUCUCUUCCGUGCCGGUUGUCCGUCUUUGAUCCUCGCCUCGAUGUCAUCUUGCGCGUGCAACGCUUGCUUGGUGCUCAACAAAACGCCUGAAUCAGGACCAUCGUCGUUCUCGCGAUCAUCGAAUUGGUUUAGGUACGAUAAUUAAUUACGUGAUGCGGAAGAUAACCCAAGUCGACCCCAAGUGCGGGCUCUCCGCAUGGAGAUGCUGAUAAACAAACCUGCCUGAUCAAGUGCCAGGACAAGGAUGAUCGUGAAGUGGACAUCAUCUAAAAACACUAACCUAGUGUUACCCAGGCAAGCCCCGGUGCAUGCAACC